CAUGGGAAAAAAUAAAAGAAAGAAAGAAAAAAACUGUAGAACGCUCUCUCCGUUGAGAAUCUUCGCCGUUCUAGACGCUACUGGACCCUUCCGAAGCCACCGCCGUCCGCAUAUAUCAUACACCCACAAAUCACUUCCGACCCUUCUCAGGCUGCGCCAGCAUCAAUCUAUGAUUGGACUCCUGUCGUUCACACUCACUCCGUCUCUCUCUGUAAGCGAAAAUGUUCGGCGUCGUAUUCCCAAACCGCAGCUUUCCAAUGGACAUCUCCACCUUCUCCCAAAUCGACACCUUCCACUGGGUCCUCGACAUGAACACCUUCGUAGGUGAGGCCUACGAUCAGGUCCGGGAGGUCUGCAUAUUCCUCCUCAACAGCUUCACUCUCCCUCCGGACAAGGCCCUGGCCGUCUACAUCCAGUCCCCGGGCUCGUCCUUCCUCUUCUGCGGCGCCAUCACUCUGGCUCGGCCCUCAGCCGUGCUCUCGUUGCCGUGGCCGGAUCCGGGCGGCCAGAUGCAGCUCACCGCCGACGCUGCGCCGCUCUCGGCCAAGAUCGGGGUGUCGGUAGAGGACCUGGCGACGCUGCCCUCGCUCGACGUGGCGGCCGAGAGGAGGAUCGAGCGGCUGGCCCUGAAGGUCGGGGAGAACCUCUUCAACUUCAUGCAGUCCUUCUGCGGCGUAGACGGGAGCAAGCUGGUGGUGCCCAUGGAUAUCUUGGAUCGGUGGUUUAAGAAGUUUCAGGAGAGGGCGAAGCGGGACCCGGAGUACUUGAAGGGCUUCGUAUUGUGAUGAUGGAGGUGAAAGAGGCUGUAUGGAUCUUAAAAGGUCUCUGCAUAAUACCCAAGUCUCUGCAUGGUAUCCCAGCAUGCCUUACAGUAGAGCUCAAAUUUCCCAUGUGUGUUUCAGGUACUUCUUUCUGACGUUAUGCUGGUUUUUAUGCAAAGAUAUUCUACUACGGAGAAACCAACUUAUCAAAUGUGUAUCUCAGAUAUAUGCUUGGAGAUGUAUGCUUUGACUUUUCUUUUCCUUGUGUUUGGUUUAAACUUUGGUUGACUGUUGCCUUAGAACUUAAACCAGCUAUUGUUUUACAGGAUGAUAAGCUUUUCUUUUUUUU